AGACCGCUGUGUUGCUCUGUAGGCCGAUGCUGCAAAUCGCGACAGCAGCUCUGCUAGAACAGCAAAAUAUUUUCACCCCUGCCUUUUACUCAGAAUCAAUAGUUUCUUGAAAAUGCCUCCCAAGAAGAAGAAAGGAGGGAAGAAGGGGUCGGCCAAGGGGAAGAGCCCCACUGUGGUGGACGGGAUUUCCACGGAGGAAAUGUCCAAGGAGCAGCUGGAGGAGCACAUUGUCCGCCUGCGAGAGGAGCUGGACCGGGAGAGGGAGGAGCGCAACUACUUCCAGCUGGAGAGGGACAAGAUCCACACCUUCUGGGACAUCACCAAGCGCCAGCUGGAGGAGAAGAAGGCGGAGCUGAGGAACAAGGACCGGGAGAUGGAGGACUCCGAGGAGCGGCACCAAGUAGAAAUCAAGGUGUACAAACAGAAGGUGAAGCACCUGCUGUACGAACAUCAGAACAGCACCUCCGAGCUGAAGGCAGAAGGGGUCAUCUCUGCGAAGCUGAUGCAGAAGGAGCAGAGCGAGAAGGAGGACGAGCUGCGGAAGGGUAUGCGCACGCUCAAGGUGGAUAUAAAAGAGCAGGAACUCGCCAAUGAGAAUUUGGUCAAGAGCUUGAAACUGAAACACGAUGAAGAAAUUUCCAAACUGAGGAAUGAUUUUGAAAGACAAGUGCGAGAAAUAGAAGCAAAGUAUGAGAAGAAGAUGCAGGUGUUGCGGGAGGAGCUGGAGCUCAGGCGGAAGACGGAGAUCCACGAGAUCGAGGAGAGGAAGAACAGCCAGAUCAACACGCUGAUGAAGAACCACGAGAAAGCUUUCAGCGACAUCAAGAAUUACUACAACGACAUCACCCUCAACAACCUGGCCCUGAUCAACUCGCUGAAAGAGCAGGUGGAGGAGAUGAAGCGCAAGGAGGAGCGAAUGGAGAAGGAGAUGGCGGAGGUGCUGCUCCAGAACAAGAGACUCACAGAGCCCCUGCAAAGGGCGAAGGAGGAGGUGGCUGAGCUCCAGAAGCAGCUGGCCAAUUAUGAGAAGGAUAAGGUUUCCCUAGCGGGGGCCAAGGCGCGUUUGAAGGUGGCAGACAAGGAAAUGAAAGACUUGAAAUGGGAGCAUGAAGUACUGGAACAGCGGUUCAGCAAGGUUCAGGCUGAGCGAGAUGAGCUGUACCAGAAGUUUGUGAAAGCUAUUCAGGAGGUCCAACAGAAGAGUGGCUUCAAGAACCUCCUGCUGGAAAGAAAGCUCAGCGCUCUCACCGAAACACUGGAGAAGAAAGAGGCUCAGCUGAAUGAAGUCCUUUCUGCAUCCAACCUCGACCCAACAGCACUGACCAUUGUAACACGCAAACUGGAGGAUGUUUUGGACUCCAAGAAUGUUGCUAUUAAAGAUUUACAGUAUGAGCUGGCUAGAGUUUGUAAGGCUCACAAUGAUUUGCUGCGGACAUAUGAAGCUAAGCUGCAUGCUUUUGGGAUUCCAGUGGAUGAGCUGGGAUUCAAACCGCUGGAGAGCACAGUGGCAGGACAGACUCUUGGGAAGGGGCCAGCAGGACUGGUUUCUUCCCCAACAUAAAAAAACUGUCAGAGAUGUUGCUGGACAUUGAUAAAACAGAGGACGUCUAAGUUUCUUCUUGAAUCUUGAA